AUGGAAAAACAGAGUCCCGUUUAUCCAGCUCAGCCUGGGAAGCGGUUCAGGAAGAGUUUGAUAUGGCUUGUAGCGGGCGUGGGGACGAUCGUCCUGAUGGGGCUGGGUGGAUUUCCUCCCCGCGCACAUCACUGGGGCUUCCCAGGCUCCAACGUCCAGGAGAAUAUUGAAGUUCCAGUGCAGACUUCGCCGUAUGGAACAUUCCCACAAAAGGGUGACCCAUUCCAGUUUAUACCAUGCACUGAUGCCAGUCGUCCGCCUCCCCUGGAUGACCCAACCCCUCAGCAAUCAUGGGCUGCUCUCUUCGAUUCCGACCCCAAGCACUGGAGCUGGGGUAGUACAGGCCAAGGCAUCUUUCUUUGUGGUUACUUGGACCUUCCACUCGACUAUCAUAAUCCCUUGGAUCUUCGCAUCGUCCGGAUUGCGGUGACCAAAUUCCAAGUCGCUGGUCUACCGCUGGAGAAUGACUCUGAGCUUUCACCCUGCGGUCGCAAUGCGUACAAGAGUGAACGUACUCUCAUCAUCGAGCCGGGUGGCCCAGGAGGGAGUGGAAACACAUUCCUUUGGGAGACCGCAGAAGAAACGACCAACCGAUUUAGCGACGGGAAAUUUGAUGUCGUGGGCUGGGAUCCACGCGGUGUCAAUCUUUCCCUGCCCUCCGGAGCAUGUUAUCCUCAAGAUGCUCACCGCGACCGUUGGUCUCUCUUAUCACUCAAAUAUCGCGAGGAAGCUCCAAGUUCACAAUUGGAGGUGCUUGAUGCCAUGAAUAACGCAACCUUCUUCGCAUGCCAACAACGGCUUGGUGAUUUUGGCCGAUUCGUAAGUACGGCAUCGGUGGCUCGCGACCUUGACGAGAUUCGAAAGGCACUCGGCGAAGAGGAUGUCUCGGGCUACUUUGUCAGCUAUGGCACCGGCAUCGGACAGACAUAUGUUAGCAUGUUUCCUGACCGGGCCGGUCGUCUGAUUCUUGAUGGUACGGAGUAUGUUCGGGACCACCGUCUCUUAGGUGGAUUUGGGUGGACUGCUCUCGACAAUACGACAGAUGCUUGGAACGACGGGUUCUUGGGCGAGUGUAUCAAGGCUGGUCCAGAGAGAUGUGCAUUGGCGAAGCCAAUUCCAGGCCAGGACGGACCGGUCAUCCUCAAACAACUCCAGGAUCGUAUGGCCGGACUUCUCAAGUCUCUUCGAGCUCGCCCGCAAUCAGCAUAUACAGAGAUAGGUGGUCCAUCUCUGAUCACAUACUCGGCACUUGUGGACAGGGUGCUGUAUCCGGUUAUGUAUAGACCAAUGGAAUGGCCGAGGAUCGCCCAAAUGCUCUACGAGCUCGAGGCAGGAAAUGCAACACUGGCAGCGAAGCAGCUAGAUACAUCGUGGAGCGAUCAUUCCGACAAGCCCUCAUAUCCCAACAUCCCAGCUUCCAGUGAGCUUGAACUGCUUGUGAUUUGCUCCGAUGCAUACGACGCGCCCCUUCCAGAUGGACUGGAAUGGUGGGACGAACUGUGGGAAGAUAUGACCACCCAGAGCUGGAUCGCUGGUAAUUCGCGUUUCUCUGCAGUCCUGCCUUGCCGACAUUUCAAUACAUAUUGGGAUCCGCCGUCAGAGGUUUACCGCGGCGAUCUCAACCAUACUCUCAAGACUCCCGCCCUUCUCAUCGCUUCCACGUAUGACCCUGCCACCCCGCUACGCAAUGGCAGACGCCUUCUGAAAGAGAUGGGUCAGAACGCCCGAUUGGUUGUUCAUAAUGCCUACGGGCAUAGCUCGAGGCGAGAUCCAUCCGAUUGUACAGACCGUCUGGCCAAGGACUAUAUUCUGAACGGGAUUCUUCCCCAUGAGCAGGAGGUUCAGUGCUAUGCUAAUACCAAGCCCUAUUCUCAAGCUCCAGCUGAUAACUAG